UGAUGUAACAGGAAGUAGACUAAUGCGAAUGCCUCCCACAAUCUGACAGCGGCUCCAGUCCGACACUUUAUUCAUUGAGUGUUGAAACCCUUUAGGUUUGGUUCACUACCAUUGCUGCGGAGGUUGCAUUUGUCGGGAAAAAAAGCUGUCGCUGGAGUGUUUGGUCGGUUAAUGUUACUUUCUAAAUCGCGGUAGCAUUGGAUUGUGAACUAAUCGCAUCAGAUCGAUAGUCAUUAAAGAGGGAGAAAUAACCAGAAGAGUGGAUCGUUUGAUAUGCCAAAAAAGAAGAUGGAUUGUUUUGGGUACUGUUGGAUGGUCAUCUGUCUCCUACUGGGCACUGCUACUGAGAUCUUAGUUGCGGCUAGCCCAGAGGUGAACAGUACCCAGCAGCACCUACAGCUGAACGUCUACCACGAUAUAGGACUCACCAGGAACAAGAUUGUGACAGCCCAGUUCGAGUGCUACCAGAAAAUCAUGAAGGAUAACGACCACAACAAAAUAGGGCCAGUGUGUAACCGGACCUGGGAUGGAUGGCUGUGCUGGGACGACACAGAGGCAGGCUUUACUUCGGAGCAGCACUGCCCUGACUACUUCCAGGACUUUGACCCCUCAGAAAUGGUGACAAAAAUCUGCAGUGAGAACGGACACUGGUUUCUGCAUCCCGACAGCAACCGAACGUGGACUAACUACACGCGAUGCAACGAGCACACUAAAGAAGGCAGGAUGACUGCCAUGAAUUUAUUCUACUUGGCUCUCAUUGGCCACGGCUUGUCACUGAUAUCCCUAUUCAUUUCCCUGGGAAUAUUUUUCAAUUUCAAGAGUUUAAGUUGCCAAAGGGUCACUCUCCACAAAAACCUCUUCUUCUCCUUUGUUUUGAACUCGGUCAUCACCAUCAUCUGGUUGACCGCUGUGGCGAAUAACCAGGAACUGGUACAAAGAAACCCUACAAGCUGUAAAGUGUCGGUGUUCAUCCAUCUUUAUCUGUUUGGCUGCAACUACUUCUGGAUGCUAUGCGAAGGGAUAUACCUGCACACCCUCAUCGUUGUUGCCGUGUUCGCUGAGAAACAGCACUUGAUGUGGUACUAUCUCCUCGGCUGGGGCUUUCCUCUAAUUCCAGCAUCUAUACAUGCGAUCGCUCGCAGUUACUACUACAAUGACAAUUGUUGGAUAAGCUCCAACACUUCACUCCUCUACAUAAUCCAUGGGCCCAUCUGCGCUGCUCUGUUGGUGAACCUGUUCUUCCUGUUGAACAUUGUGCGUGUCCUGAUCACCAAGUUGAAGGUGACCAACCAGGCUGAGUCCAGCCUCUACAUGAAGGCCGUGCGCGCCACCCUGAUUCUUGUACCUCUCCUGGGCAUCCAGUACGUCCUGUUGCCCUACAAACCAGAGGAACGAGUCUCCUCUGAGAUCUACGACUACAUCAUGCACAUCUUAAUGCAUUAUCAGGGGCUGCUGGUGGCCACCAUCUUCUGCUUCUUCAACGGAGAGGUGCAAGGCGUUCUGAGGAGACAUUGGAAACAGUACCGUAUGCAGUUCGGGAGCACCUUGACCCACUCGGAUGCCAUGCGGUCCGCCUCAUACACAGCCUCGUCCAUCACCGAUGUCCAGGGCUGCUACAGCAUCGACAGCAACACAGAACACUUGAAUGGCAAGGGGGGCUGCCUUGACAUCGAGACCUCCAUCUUAAAAUCGGAGAACCCGUUUGCCUGAGGAAAAGGCUAACUCUGCUGUGUAUUUGGGAAUGGAGGGGAGGGGUGGGGAAGGAGGGUGGGGGGUGCAGCAUGUUUGGAAAUGGAGAAGGGCUGCAAUCUUGUUUGGAAAUGGAGGGUUGGGGGAAGGAGGGGGGAGGGUGUGCUGCAGCGUGUUUGGGAAUGAGGGGAGGGGUGGGGGAAGUGGUGGGGGUUGCAGAGUGUUUGGGAAUGGAGGUUUGGGGGGGCUGCAGUUUGUUACUAUGGUUACUGGGUUACUGUCACACAGCGACCGUUGGAGAACUGAACUGUUCUCCCGAUAUUUGCUGCAUAAGCACCCCCCCCCCCCCCCAAAAAGAAGGGAUAAACAAUAGAAGAAUUAUACACACUGAAAAAAACGACAUUUGCUACCUUCGAUGAACAUGUUUGAAUAGGCACUUAAUCAUUUUAUCUGCCUUGUGAGAAUCACUAUAUUCUAAGUAUCCAUGUUCUAACAUGCUCUUCCACUUUUCAGAGGAAGACAAAUGUAUAUAUUCUGAUUAUUUUUCUUAAAGCAUUUAAAUAUUGGGCAGUCCUUUCAACAUGACUGUACAAGUCAAAAGGAGGUUUGACAAUCCAAAUUAUGAUAUUAUGAGUUUAGAUAAAGCUUGGCUGUUUGCCCCCAAAAAAAUGCUAUUUGUGACUUGCUUUGUGCCAAACCAAGAAUCGAUCUUGUCGGUUAUUUUUACACAUUACAACUAUACCACUAUGAGGCUAUGUUCUGUGUUCCUCUAGUCUAGCUGAAUCUAGGCUAAAGUUGAGGACAAGGUUACACUUGCAGCAACUAUACACAAAGCAGGGUUUCCAUUAUGAAAAUGUGUCGCUGGAAAUAUUUUAAUUUAAUGGAUCGUCGAGACAUUUACUGGACCCAUAUGCAUUGGGUGCGUAACCCGAUUAGGGCUUCCUCCCACUGUGCUCAGAAUUACAUAAAUCACAUUUAGAUUAUUGUAAUUAAUUAGCAGAAUCUUUUUAAUAUGACAAAUUACAGGGUAGGCUACUCUGCUGACACUUACAAACAGAUGAAUAAAAAUGACACUGUCCAAUAUAACAGGCUUAUGAGAAGGCGAGACAAAUAGAAUAUGACAUCUAUCAAGAGCACCUUACAGUAGUGAGUACACACAUUUCUGUAUUGGUCACCUGUGGGAAUCAAACCCACAACCCAGGCAUUUCUGUAUUGGUCACCUGUGGGAAUCAAACCCACAACCCAGGCAUUACAAGCAACAUGCUCUACCGACUGAACACAGGACCUUAUGAUGACAGAGCUUGCCUUCCGUUCCCUAUGUAUUUGAAUGGCGAAUGGGAAGCGUGCUAUAAUUACCAGUUGAGAAAAAAAUAGUAGCUCGUUUUAAUUGUGGCCCAAAAUCUAUUUUUUUAUGCAGGAUUGCAUUUACAAUUGUUGCGCAAUUACUGGGUUUAUAAAAUCGGUCUGACAGACAAAGGUUCUGUAUCUAUAUGUUGUGGGUGUGUGAUAAAUAAGAUAUAUUGCGAAUAUAAACACGCGCCAAUUUAAUUCCACUAAAUUCGGCAAAUUAGCGCAUAGCCUUAUAAGCAUGACCGGUGAAAUGCAUUUACAUCAAUUGGUAUUUCCGUUAAUGAAUAGGCUAAAAAACAUUAUUUUGAUUUUUUUCUUCUUUUUUUCUCCCAGACAAGUGGCCGGUGCCAAUUUUAUUUAUUGGCUUUUGUAUUUUUUUUGCGGCCAAAAGCCGGCUAUUACCAGCUAAUGGAAACCCUGACGAAAAAAUACAGUACAGUCACUUUUUGGUGCUUAAUAACUUGUGAAAAGUUACAAGCUUUACCAUUACCAACUAUUAUAAUUUGUGCCAAUAUCUGUCCUUGUACAACUGAAUAUUACUUCAAUGAUGACAUUUGGUUAUGGCACUGUUUUAAAUCUAUGGGAUAGUUAUACAUAGGAUCAACAUUACAUUCCUCUCAGUGAUACGUAUACACUUUAUUCAGUAUGUUCAUAUAUUACACAUCAUUUCCUCCUUGGAUCAUUCAUUUGGAUUUCAUAACUUUAUUAAAAUAAUGUUUUCAUCCAAAUGCUAGAACCAACUCACAAUCAGAUGUAAAUAUGUUGUAAAUCUUGCAGGGGGUGAGUGCUGUGACUGUUUUGUGAAUGUGCAGUGUAUAUAACACAGUAUUUAUGGGUGUAUGCGAGGCAAUGAAAUAGGAAGCAGCUGUCUAAUGUAGCAGUGUGUGGAAGGUUGUCAGGGGGUUCGCUUUUUUGUUUGUACCAUUUUGAUGUUUUUGUUGAUGUUAGAGGAAGCACGAUUAUUAGUGUAUGGACCUUACCCAUCAGUCAGACAUUUAAAUGAAUGGUCUUUGUGCCCUUUCUGUUAGCUUUGCACAAGGGUACAAACAAAGCCACACCUCCAUGUUGCCUGUGUCCUCCGAUGGAGGGUGAAUGAUGCCUGAAUUGCAUCUGUAAUUUCCUUUGGAGUUGUUUUUCCAGUUUUUUGUAGGAAGAGGAACAGGCAUCUACCACUGGAACGUUAUUCAAUCAUAAUCACACAGUGACCAUUGGUAACUAAAUGAACACCAUGACACUGCACAAGCGUGUGUAUAGGACCAGAACACAUGUCGGUACCAACUCUCAGAUACAUCUGCAUAUUAGCAGCUGUAUUUAUGGCAAGUGAAUUAAAUGCAUCCUGUUUCGUAACAUUUGUCAGAAUGUGACACGGACUGCAGGACAGUUUCUAUCUAGAGGACUUAAUCUAAUCUUAAAACUGUAUUCAAAGCCGUUUUCAUAUUGGACGACAUUGAUAUUUCAAGUAGCACUUGCUACAAAGUAUUUUCAAGGACAAUGUCUGUAUUGUAUGUUACAACUGUACUGUGUGUAUAUAUAUAGUGUCUUUGGAAGUCUACACACCCUGCCUCCACUCUACUGUAUGAAAGGCAUUUGUAUAUGCUUUAUUCUUUGGAUAUGAAAAUAUAUAUUUGUGUAAAAUCAA